GCUAAACGUCAAAGCAGAUUUUUUCAAACAACUAAAGAUUUUUGUGGAAUUGAGAAAAUCAAGGUAUCUUGGUGUGGAACAAAUUUUCCACGACAAUUAUAUGUCAAUCUAGAACGGGGAAUGCAGCACUGAAACUUUGACCGCUUCUCAAAGAUCAAAGACUUUGCUAUGGACCCGUCAAUUCUACCCGGCAAAACAAACCACCAUCGGCCGUUCCGAGAAUAGUAAGUCUAAGCGACGAAAGUCGGUGGUGAACCAGACGAUCAGCACGUCCGGUCAAAAAUGAUUAUGGUGCGGCGGCAGGCACGGUUAGAUAAGACGACGCCAGCCAACCCGCCCUUCCGAGCACCGGCGAAGGCGGAGAAUCCGAAGCAGGCGUCAUCAUUAGCCGUCGCAAGAAGAGCAGAUCGAAGCGACGCAAGUCGGUGGCGGAUCAGACGAUCAGCACGUCCGACGCUAUCAAUAUUGAUAGCUUGGCGGCAGGCACCGUUAGAUGAGACGACGCCAGCGAACCCACGCUUUCGAGCACCGGCAAAGACGGAGAAUCUGAAGCAAGGACCACCGCCCCAAGAACAACUAACCCAAGCGACGCGAGUCGGUGGUGCUGAUGCUCCCCCAGGACAGGGACACCCGAUCUAGCGAAGGCGAAUCGAACACGAAGAAAUGCCCCCCAAGCGUUGCAAGCUGAUGGUGCUUGAUGGAACGGAAAAGGACGUUGAGCUGUUCGUGGCCAGUGUUGAGGCUGCUCUCGCUUGAACAAUUUUACACAGCCAAGAAGGAAAUCAAUGUACAAGUUCGAGCUGAUGGCGCUGGCUUGGCAGAAUGAGUGAUUUGCUUUUUAUUUCUCCUCUACCUUAUUGAUUAUCCCAGUAAACCCAGGACUUAAAAUGUAUACACCUGAAUUAAAAGGAAUAUAUUUGAAAACGAUUGACCGCUUACUAUCUCCUUUUAAAAUCGGUCCCCUUGUAAUCCCAGAACGUCGACCGGAUCAAACUCGUUAGACUAUGUUCCUUUGACGUAAUCAUUCUCCUUCGAAAAGUGACGUCCGUGUUAGGAUUGAGUCUGCAAGUCGCUGGAACGAAUCGGGCGAAGUGGAAUCGCAGUCGUCUUCAAUACCCGCUUUCAGACAUUAUUUAGCCACCUGUAGUAAGUUGGAAUCAGUAUGUUAAAUUAUUUUGAGUUAUAGAGUUUUUUUUAUCUUUCUUUCUAUAAGUAUGUAGCAUAGACUUGUUUAGCAAAACAGCAAUUUAAUGACCAUGGUAAUAAUAAUAGUGGAUUCAAAAUCAACAUUGUAUACCAAUUGAAAAAAGAUAAUACGAUACACACAGAGAUAACAUAGACCGUUUACUUUUUCUUUCCCCUAGCCGACGACGAGCCACCUGCUCCACCCUUCGCCGCCUUGGAACCUCCCUUCGAGCCGCCUGCCUUGCUGCUUCCAGCUGUCGCCGCCGCCGCCGCUCCCUUACCCGCCGGCUUCUUCUUCACCUUGAUGAACGCAUUGUUCUCCAGAUCGUCGUCUUCCUUUUCCUCCUCCGAAUCUGGCGCACCACCCGCCUCCUCAGCAUCCUCUCCGUACGCCUCAGCCGCCGCAUCGUCCGCGGCUUCCGACUUCUUCUUCUUCACCGCAUU